UGUAGUUGUCCGCUGAAGUGCGUUUCAGAGUCUGAAUCAUGAAGAACAGAAGAGCUCAAUGGGAGUGGUGCGGACAUUGUGCAAUAUGCGAAUAGGACACGUUAUUUGCGCUCUUGUUGCUUGUGUGAAGUUAUAAUGCAGCUGCACACGGAUCCUGCUGCUGCUGACCUCCAUGAAGUGUUCAAGCUCAGAUAAAGUCGGACAGAUAGUGAUAACGGAUACCGGAGACAUACAGGACAAACCCGCAGAUUAAGAGUGUGACUGUGAUACUGAAGGAGAGAUGGGGAACGCAGGGAGCAUGAACCAACACACUGACCCCAGAGGACACCACAUGCCCCUCAAACUGCCCAUGCCCGAGCCGGCCGAGCUGGAGGAGAGAUUUGCGCUCGUUCUGAACUCAAUGAACUUGCCUCCAGACAAAGCGAGAUUACUACGGCAGUAUGACAACGAGAAGAAAUGGGAACUCAUUUGUGACCAGGAACGAUUCCAGGUGAAGAAUCCUCCUCACACGUACAUCCACAAGUUGCAGAGUUAUCUUGACCCGGCCGUGACCAGGAAGAAGUUCAGGAGGAGAGUGCAGGAGUCGACGCAGGUCCUGCGGGAGCUGGAAAUCUCAUUACGGACCAAUCACAUCGGGUGGGUGCGGGAGUUUCUGAAUGAGGAGAAUAAGGGUUUGGAUGUGUUGGUGGAGUAUCUUUCGUUUGCACAGUAUGCUGUCACGUAUGAUGGUGACAGUUUUGAGAACAGCACAGAAAACUCGGUGGAUAAAUCUAAACCCUGGAAUCGAUCGAUUGAAGAUCUGCAUGGAGGAAACAACCUCUCAUCAUCUGUCACAGGCAACAACAUCUCCAGAGCCAGCAGACAUUCAACAAUAAGGUCUAACACGUUACCGAGUCGGAGGACAUUGAAGAAUUCCAGAUUAGUAUGUAAGAAAGACGACGUUCAUGUGUGCAUUAUGUGCCUACGAGCCAUCAUGAACUACCAGUAUGGCUUCAACAUGGUCAUGUCUCACCCUCAUGCUGUGAAUGAAAUUGCACUAAGUCUGAACAAUAAGAAUCCCAGGACUAAAGCUCUGGUGCUGGAGCUGCUGGCCGCCGUGUGUCUGGUUCGAGGGGGUCAUGAGAUCAUUCUCUCCGCCUUUGAUCAUUUUAAAGAGGUGUGUUCAGAAGAUCAGCGAUUUGAGAAACUCAUGGAGCAUUUCAAGAAUGAAGAUAAUAACAUCGACUUCAUGGUUGCCUGCAUGCAAUUCAUAAAUAUUGUGGUUCAUUCUGUGGAAGACAUGAAUUUCAGAGUGCACUUACAGUAUGACUUCACAAAGCUGGGUCUGGACGAAUAUCUGGACAAACUGAAGCACACCGAAAGUGAUAAACUGCAUGUGCAGAUUCAAGCGUACCUGGAUAACGUGUUUGAUGUCGGGGCUCUGUUAGAGGAUGCAGAGACUAAGAACGCAGCGCUGGAGAGAGUGGAGGAACUGGAGGAGAACAUGUCUCAUCUGACGGAGAAGUUGCAGGACACAGAGAAUGAGGCGAUGGCAAAAAUUGUUGAGCUGGAGAAACAACUGAUGCAUAAAAAUAAAGAGCUGGAAUCUAUUCGGGAGGUGUAUAAAGACGCCAGUACUCAGGUGCACACCCUGCGGCGGAUGGUGAAGGAGAAGGAUGAGGCCAUUCAGAAGCAAAGCAACCUGGAGAAGAAGAUCCACGAGCUGGAGAAACAGGGAACCAUCAAGAUCCAGAAGAAAGCGGACGGGGACAUUGCCAUCCUGACGUCCCCUCCACAGGGGAACGGGCAUCUACCAGGGACACAGGGCGUGGUUGGGGUGUCUGGUGAGGGCAUGGUCAGUCACACAGGUGUGGCUAAUGGGGGGGCACAUGGCAUGACCAUUUCUGAUCCUCCUCAACCCCCUCUCCCUCCUCCUAUGCCAGCGACACUACCAAACGGUCCAUCUGCUGCUCCGGCACCAGCUCCUCCUCCUCCUCCUCCUCCUCCCCCUCCUCCCCCUCCUCUUCCAGGCCCCGCUGUCGAUAUAUCUGCCCCUAUGCCCCCUCCACCGCCCCCCAUGGCUCCUCCACUUCCAGGCUGUGGAUCUCCUACCGUCAUCAUGAACUCAGGACUGGCAGAGGGACCCAUCAAACUGUACUCUGUGAAGAUCAAGAAACCUAUCAAGACUAAGUUCCGUAUGCCAGUGUUUAACUGGGUGGCGCUGAAACCCAAUCAGAUCAACGGCACCGUGUUCAACGAGAUUGAUGACGAAAGAAUAUUGGAGGAUCUGAAUGUGGAUGAGUUUGAAGAGAUGUUUAAGACGAAAGCACAGGGUCCUGCCAUAGACAUCACCUCCAGCAAACAGAAGACCUCUCAGAAAUUACCAAAUAAAAUCUCACUGCUGGACUCCAACAGAGCUAAAAACCUGGCCAUCACACUCAGAAAAGUGGGCAAGACAUCAGAGGAGAUCUGCAGAGCCAUUCAAAUGUUUGACCUGCGGACGUUGCCGGUGGAUUUCGUGGAGUGUUUGAUGAGGUUCAUUCCAACAGAAGCGGAGCUGAAAGUUCUCCGGCAGUAUGAGAAGGAACGCAAACCACUGGAGAACCUAACAGAUGAGGAUCGCUUCAUGAUCCAGUUCAGCAAGAUCGAGCGUCUCAUGCAGAAGAUGACCAUCAUGGCAUUUGUUGGCAAUUUCACAGAGAGCAUUCAGAUGCUCACACCGCAACUUCAUGCUGUUAUUGCAGCAUCCGUCUCCAUCAAGUCCUCACAAAAACUCAAGAAGAUUCUGGAAAUCAUCUUGGCUCUGGGAAACUACAUGAACAGCAGUAAAAGAGGAGCAGUGUAUGGCUUCAAACUGCAGAGCUUAGACCUGUUAUUAGACACUAAAUCAACAGACCGCAAGAUCACCCUUCUGCACUAUAUCGCAAAUGUAGUAAAGGAAAAAUACCAGCAGGUGUCGCUCUUCUAUAAUGAGCUGAACUAUGUGGAGAAAGCUGCAGCAGUCUCUCUGGAGAAUGUCUUAUUAGACGUCAAGGAGCUUCAGAGGGGGAUGGAUCUGACCAGGAGAGAGUAUAGCAUGCACGGCCACAACACACUACUCAAAGAUUUCAUACAGCAAAAUGAGAAUAAACUCAAAAAACUUCAGGAUGAUGCCAAGAUCGCUCAGGAUGCCUUUGAUGAAGUGGUGAAAUUCUUUGGAGAAAAUUCCAAAACAACACCUCCGUCUGUGUUUUUCCCAGUGUUUGUGCGCUUUGUGAAAGCAUACAGGCAAGCAGAGGAGGAUAAUGAACAGAGGAAAAGACAGGAGCAAAUGAUGAUGGAGAAGCUGAUUGAGCAAGAAGCUAUGAUGGAGCAAGAGGAUCAGAAGUCUCCAUCUCAUAAGAAUAAGCGGCAGCAGCAGGAGUUGAUUGCGGAGUUGAGGAAAAAGCAGGUGAAGGACAGCAGACAUGUAUAUGAGGGUAAAGACGGAGCCAUUGAGGACAUCAUCACAGUGCUGAAGACUGCCCCCUUUACUGCGCGCACGGCCAAACGCAGCUCGCGUUACUUCAACGAGGAGCUCCACUUCUAAAGCUUAGACUCUCUCUCUUUUAAAGAUCUGAGAAACCAGCCUUACAGGCGUGCUGACGCCGUCAGGAGGAGCGUUCGAAGACGUUUUGAUGAUCAGAAUUUGCGACCAAUCAACAAUGCAGAGAUGGUCAUGUGACGAGGGCAGAGUGGAUGUGAUUGGAUGGGCUGGAGGAGUGGAGGAGGAGCUAACUGCUCCUAAACAGGAUAAUGAAGGACUGAUAAAGAUGACAGCAGGUCUGAAAGCCAAGUGCCUACGUUUAACAUCUGUCCCAUCAGGUGUUGAAUCAUACAUGUGUUGUAGUCAAUGUCUUUUGUCUGUGAAUUUUUAUAUGACAAACGGUGUCUUGAUCUGUCUUUUAUCUAUGGCGCUUAAACUGUAGGCGAGAUCAGUGUUUUUCUCGAGAAAGUGUCAGAAUGUAAAACUCUUCCAACACUUUAUGUAUCAUGAAUCUGUACAAAGGCCUCUUAACAUUCCAGUGCUUUCACCACAGAUCAAAAGCUGAUGGUGAGUGGUGAGUUCCCCAAAUCUACUGGUUGGUCUUAAGAAAGCCAUGUAUUCCUGUGUUAAAAACUAGACAGACAGAGCCCAGUGGACUGGAAUACAGGCUGAGAAGCAUUAUGAAAACUUUUUUAAAAGUUGUAUAAUGCAGUGUUGAUGGCUUGAGAUGCUGCAGGGCGUCACAGGGGCCAAAGAUGAAAAUAAUAAGAACAUUCCUCACUUAAGGUGAUUUGAUGUUUGAUAAUAACGAUAUUUAAAUGCAUUGUUGUCAAUACCCACAUUUGUUGUCUCGGCUACUCAAGAGCAUGUGCACUCAACAGGAAGACUGUCCCAGGUCUGAAAAAUGCCAAAGCCUUGUGUCCUUAAUGCACAUUAAAUCCACAGCUAAGCUAUCUUUAAAUAGACAUUACAUAUAAUUUGGUAUUAAAACAAUGUCACACAUUUUAUCGCAGAGAUAAGAAUGUAUAUUUUGUAAAACAUUAUAACCACAAUUAUAUUGUCAUCUGUUACAUAGUAACAGAAGUUUAUUAUUGCAGUACUGAACAUCAGAAUGUGUAAAUAAAGCUCUGUAAAAACCUAACUUACAUUUUUUUAUAAAAUUGUUCCGUAAGUGUGUUCCAUUGGGUAAUCAAACAUUCCACACAUGGACACACUUGAGACCUGCGGUCUUCACUCUCACUUGAACACUUAAAAUACAGGAAAUAUUUCAUGUAAGUACACAAAAGUGCUCACAAAGACUGCAAGUGUGGGUAUUGGGACAGGCCCUGUAAAAAUCUUUAUAAACGAACAGACUAGUCAAUCAGCUGUUGGACUACUUGACAUCAUGAUCCAACUCUAAUCAAAAGGUGUCGAUCGCAGUCGUGGUGGGGUUACUGCAGGGGGCCGCGAGCGGAUGUUGUACUAUUGGUCCACAGAAUCAGAUGAAGAAGGAGUUCAGUUAAGUAGGAGAAGGAGUAAGGAAAGGCGUUGUAGAAAGAUUUGAUGUUAAGUACAUGGGACAAAGGCAAAUGUGAAAUAUAAAGCAAAGGCAGGAGAACUCGUGUACCUCAUGUUUUGAAAGACUGUUGACAAGUCUUAAUUAAAAUGCUACACAAGCAAGACUGCAUGUAGGUUUUGGUCCUCAAACUGUAGGUUAAACCAAAGUGGAGAUGUGAAGCCUUUACAAAUUAUGGACAAAGGAGUCGAGCAUUUUCACAAGGUCAUUGACUAAUAAUGUUCCAUUUUCAAUACGGGAGAAGCUCUGUGCUCAGCAAACAUCUUGUUUACAUUAAAGCACUUCAAAUGAAAGUUUAUGGGGCAAGGAAUAAAUGUUAAAAUACAGUUUUUAAACUAGAAACUCAAGACUUAAUACGUUUACUUGACUAUUGUGAUAGAAUCAGUUACUUCUUGUGUUUUAAAACCAGUAUUUUCUAUAGCACUCCUGUCAAGACCAUGUAAUUGGGUUACUUUAUCAGAAUUUACCAGUUACAUUAAAUAUGAGCUUUGCAGUACAUGUAUGCUUUUAAACUCUAGUACACUUGCCCCGCAGAUUUUCAUUGGAAGUGCAUUGAGGUAAAUGUAAUAUUGACUGAAUAUAAUCGACAGAUGCUGUCUAUUUUUGAAAAUAGAAUGUUCCUUUUAUUUUAAACACUUGCCACUACUUACUGCGUUUGUGACGUACGGCUGCUAAGCAUUACCGCAAACCUCUUCCCCUGUGGCACUUGUUCUUCACUACACAAGAUCAGGUUCCUCAUAGAACUCAGUUGCUGUAACUGGGCUUGUUUCAUGCGUUCUAGGUCAGAUGAUGGAAAAUAAGGCCUGAAAUGUGUGUGGUUCUAUACUGACCUGCACAAAUUUACAUUUGUGAUGUGUAAUUCUAUUUAAAAACAAAAAUAUAAAAAUCACACAAAAAGCGUUUGUUAAAUGUACAGAUAUUUUGCUAUAAAAUUGUUGCAUCUUUUUAACUUUUUAAUCUUCUAAUAUUGUACAUAAUGUUUAAAAACAAUAUUGUUUAAAAAUCAUUCUGUACUACAACAUUUAAAUAUUUUAACUUAUAGUUUUCUCUUUUUUUCCUGCAUUUUGUAUAUUUAAUAAAACUGAAUACCUGAACAAGGUCUUUUAGACAUGCAGCAACAUCACACUAGAACGUCUCGUCUACACUAUAACAUGUCAGAAAUCGGAUGCAGUUGUAGCAUUAGAACCAUUACAAAAGUCUGUCUCACCUCUCUACAUUCCACUCAUAAAAACUGGAUUAAACUGGCAUUUUGUUUUGUCGAUGUAUCUUAGGCAUUGUAUGCUUACAGUACUGCAAAAAAAAGAUCUGUUCUCAGAAAGUUAGAUGAUUUCUCAGUGUCCAAUUAAACUAUUUACACAA